AUGGUGGUGGUCGGAGGGACCAAUGGCACAGGUGUGGAUCUACUUGUGUCAGCUGGGACUCCAGCUACACCCACCAAGAGCUGGGAAUGGACAUCUCCUGCAACUAAACAGGACCAUAGCCUGGAGAGUGGCAUGAGCAUUACAAGUAGUGAAGAUGCAUCCAGUGACUUCCAGAACACCACUAUAGCUACCUGCCGAUCAUCCAACUAUACAGAUGACUCACCCCAAACAUCAGACCCCCUCCACCUCUCCCUGCCUCUCAGCCUUAGCCUCUUCGUCCCCCUGUACUCCGACUGGAACUCCGCCCUGGCUACGUGGGGUCUGGCCUGGGAAGCACACGUCUACGGCUUGGGGUCUAUCUUCAGCGCCAUCGGCCUGGUUUCGUUCAUUUGCAUAUUAGCUUUGCCGUUGCGAUGUCCUCCUGGAAUCCUCUAUUUUGCUUUACUACAUUUUUUCCUCCUCUCAUUCACUGGUGCACAAGCUUUUGUUCUGAUUUACGACGCGUACAGUUUUCAAGAUCGCCUUCCACCACUAGCUUUGCUGCCAGUGAGUGCGCUACCAUAUCCGUGUUUAAUACUAGCAUUUUCCUCUACGUUUAUUCUUCUGUCUUUACGAUCAAACCUGCAAAUUUCUCUUCCGAUGGCAAUAUCCCCAUCAUUUUCCGCGCUACCCAAACCAUGCUUUUUGGUUUCAAUGUCUGUUCUCCAUUUUGGGCUGUCACUAGGUUGCGUUGGCAUACUUGAACUUUUUCCGAAACUUCCAACUAUAAUUCUACUGAUUCCUCAAGGAUUCUUUGUGUGUCUUUCAAUUUUUUCAUCUUUUUCAUAUUUUGUUUUCUACUGCCUGGUACAAGUUGAUAGCAAGCACAUUUACAGACUAAAUGACAAUGGCGAGAGUGGGGGUUCUCCUGAGGUAAUUCGACCACCGAGAUGCCCGUUUGCCCAAAUGGAAGACUGGCAAAGAGCCGUACGAUCGGGUCUAGCUGCGGCGAUAUUUUUGCUAAGUUGCGGAGGCUUGCAACUUUACGCUAUCUUGCAUUCACUCGGAUAUGGUGGGUACGAUUACAUAGGUUUCUACCCAUGGCCUUGGUGGGGCUUCCAAUUGGGUUGCCGAAUUGCUGAGAUUGGGGUAUGCCUAGGGUUGGUGCUAAUUGGGACACCACCUGUAUUUUGUAAGAAUUCAACCAAAACCCUUAUCAAACCUCAAAUGGGAUCUUGGAGUCGGCUUUCACCUACACGAGAGUUAGAGUUAGCAUCGGAAGGUGGCAUCCUGUCCUCUCGUGAGUCUUGGGAUCAAAAUAAAAUGCAAGAUAUCGGCAAAGAAAAGAUGGACACUCUACCGCUUUGCCUGAUAGAUUCUCCUGGAAAUGGGUUGGAAUGUGCCCAAAGAUCUAACCAAACAGUAGACCAACCACUACUUACGAAACAAAGUUCGUCAUCCAAGCUUAAAAUCGAAACUAACCCAACUUCUAUGAAUAAACUUGAUUCAACCGUAGACCUACGUCCCCCAUCGCCAAUAAACCUAUCCCGAAGCAUUGAUCAAGCAUUGUACAGUGAAUCCCUGUUUUCUCAUAGCAUAUUCGAAUGGCCAAGGCUUUUCCAAACCUCUUCAAAUCUUUCUUUAAAUCACCAGGCAAAAUCUAGUUUGGUUGAGAAUGGUCUAUACCGCACAGCUUCUUGUAAAGAUAUGGAACAAGAUAUGCAAGCACAAAACAACCAAUUACCAAAGCGAUCGGAGUGGAAAGGAAGCAUCAACGGGUCAACGCAAGAACUGUGCCAAAAGCCAAAGGAGAUUGUGAAAGUGCGAUCUCAUUCGUGGGCCAAUAGGGGGCACAAUUUCACUCACAGCAGUCUACCCAGAGCAAUCACGCAUUUGUCGCAUUAUAAAAGGUUUCGGACUCUGAGCACAGCAUCCCAGGACAGUAAGAGCUCCGUUAGGCUGGCUGGGACUAAACAGUUGAGUGAAAGUAAGCAGUUAGAAUGGGAUAUGGCUGUGCAGGCAGAAUUUGUCAAUGUGUGUAAGCAGAUAGAUGCUCUGAGCGUGUGCAGUGACACUAUUGAUCUGUAG